AUGCGACUCGCCGGGGUUUCCCUCUUUGUGACCGUCGCGACCGCAACAUCUUCUUGGUGGGUUUUCGAUGCUUGGGAUGGGCUAAGCUGUGGAGAUGCACCUCAAAAUGGCCAAAUAUUCUUCACCUCAGAGGGACAUGGCGAAAUGACUUGCAUCAGUUUUGACGAGGCCCAGAGGGCCUACUCGUAUGCUGCGAGUUUUGGUGAAGAUGAUGUGGAGAUCUGGGGCUUUCUACACGAGCAUUGCGAAGGCCCGAGAAAGGCCUUCUUAAACAACACCUGCAUGAAUCCUGAUAUCGUGGUUCCGUACAUUCGCUCGUGGAAGAUUUACAAUACCGGGGAAGCUGAUUCAACCGCACAGUAA